AUGCGGAGCGCGCAUUACCUCUUCCCGUUGCACUUGGACGCACAGGACGCAUUGGCUGCCGACGUACGCGAGACGCUGCAUCCCGUGGCCUCAGACGCUAUGCCAGCACUGGAGUCGUUCGAUUCGCAGCGGGUAGCAGCUCUCAUUCGCUCUGCAGCGACCAAUGGACUCGGGAAACACUGCGGCUCAGCACAAGAGACAACGGGGAUCGACGCAGACACACUGAACUCGCUGCCCAAGUGGGCGCAGGCAGUCGUGCAGACCGGCUGUUUCAAUGGUGAAGAAGCUCGUGGAGUCAAGCGCCGCUCGGAAGCAGAGCACGAACCAAAGUGCGGGCGGUCUCAAAAGAGACGAUCGCUGGACGCUGCAAAGCGUAAAAUCUCGGUAGCGAACGAAGCAGGUGCAGUGCCGACUUGUGUGGAUGAGGUAAACGCCGAAGGGAAGAUGGACGUGGACACGGAAGACGAGGAAAAGCUCGCGACGCUUUUUACUCAAGCGGAGAUUGCAGCGGACAACAUUGAAAAGUAUGCGUCGGUGCUGGAAAGUCUGGCUUAUAAUGCGACAUGUCGCCAGCAGCACGAGAGGUUUGACGAGGGCAAUAUGGACGUGUUUGAGCCUGAAGAAGUAAAGAUGCUUUUGCAAUCACUGAGAGCAAUGGAAAAGAACGAAUGGAUUGACAAGCUGGAACCGCAAUUGAUGAUUUCAUUAAUGACCGCGUUUGACGCGCAGGUGAAGAUGGGGUUAGCGGUGGAUGUGUUGGGAGCUGCUUUUCCCAGCACUGAGAAGAGAAAGUCGCAGCCGAAGAAGGUUGACGAUCGACUUGUUUCACGACUUCUUGCGUCCCUUGAUGUUGGCAUCUGUGAGCUCGUUGUGAUGACGACGCCCCAUAUUGACCGGCGCGUGCUUUCGGAAGACAUUAUUGAUAGCUGCUUCCAACUUCUUCAUCACACCAUUCGUCAGUUGCUGCUUCCGUGUAUCGAUACCACCUACGUCACGAACGCUUCCGCGCCGACGGCAAAAGAAAACACUAGGCGGCAGUCGACUGGAUGCAAGGCCUUGGGCUCUUCUCGAGUGAACCUCCAGGCACACAAAGAUAUUCGCAAGACUGUCGACAGAGUUUCGCACGUCGUAUGUGAGUACAUGGACCAGCUUGCCGCGCUAAUCCUGAGUCUGAAACUCUCAGAUCGAUGGAUAUCUUUUCUUUCUUCCUCAAUGAUCGAACUGUUUUCUCUAGAACACAGCUCGUACGCGACAUCGCUGCAACAGAGUGCUCUCUCGAUUCUGCGAAGUGUUUUUGUGCGCUAUAGGCAUCACCAGGAGUCGUUGCUUGGCGAUAUCGUUGAGGUCAUGAUCAAGCUUCCUACGGCCAAACGUACACUUCGAACAGUUAAGCUGCUGAAUUCAACGAAUGCCGUACAGCAAAUCUCAGUACUAGCGGUUUCGAUGAUACAAGCCUCCGCUUCCGUAUCCAAACCUGUGCUGGAAGAUGGCACCAGUAUUCAUUCGCGCGCAAGCAUAGUUGAAGCAUCGUCAACACCGAGUGCCGUCUCUGAAGAUAAAGACGAGCAAAGAUACGAUGCGGUAGAAAGAACGCUAGUCGAUACAAGGAACAGUGCGCGUUCAUUCGUUCAGAAGUUUCUCCGAGCAUGCUGGAAGAAAACAGAAGAGCGUGAUCAUCGCGUGACCUUGGACCACUUUGUUGAAGAUCUUCUCGUCAUGUUUGUUCGCCCAGAAUGGGUAGGAGCAGAGUACCUUCUCGAGGCGUUGAGCUCGUUGUUGGCGAGUACCCUGCACGCAAACAUCUCGAAGAACAUGAAGCAGCCGGACUCACACCAAACCGUUGCUGCGAUCAACACGGUCGGAAAGAUUUGUGCAUCAAUCAGGCGCUACCAGAUCAAGGCCAGCCAGAGUACGAUGAACGAUGACAGUGACUCGAUUGCUGUUGUCGGAGAGCAUACGAGCACUUUGUAUGCGUUGAUAGCUGGAGCCGAGAUGACUCCCAAAGGCGCGCUUGUAGGCGGUAGCUAUGACUUGUACUACCAACUGGCGCUGAAACAUAUCACUCUUAUGUAUCUUCAGCGGAACAGUCUUCUUUAUGGCGAUUCAACGAACCUGCUGGUCUCAAAGUAUAUCUCGGAAACGGGUGAUCAUUGGGACAAAGCCGAGUCGACGUUUGCGGAACGAGAAAUGCAUUUGUGGAAGUCGUUUUGGGAUGUACCUAAGGGAGACGUUGACGCAAAAUUCAAGGUGGCUGUCCCUACGAAUGAGCUUGCGCUAAAGGCAAGUCUGUGUCUUGUCGUAAAGCGUGGGUUUUGUGGCCUAUUCGACCGUUUACUGGCGCACAUCAUGGCUCUGCUCUCGAAAGGAAUGCCAAGUCUGCGAGCUCGAGUCAUGAAAUGUUUGCGACUUAUUGUCGAUGUUGACCACAUGCUUAUGGCAGAAUCUGGCGUGCAGCUAGCUGUUCAGAAGUGCUGCUCAGAUGAAAAGCCGUCAGUUCGUGAAGCUGCGGUAGAACUAGUCGGGACUUACGUCUGGCUACAGCCCCUCCUGUUUGACAAAUAUUUCGACGUGCUUGCUGCGAGAGCUCGCGACAAAGGCAUCAAAGUUCGGAAAAGCGUUUGCAGAAUCUUCAAGCUAGCUUUGGCCCGCGAUGUAAGCACCGACGUAGAGCUGCGCCGCAAAAGUGACUGCAUGCGAUGUUUGGUCGAACGUAUUGGAGACGCGGCUGAAGACCAAGGCGUUAAGAACUUCAUCAUCGAUACUUUUCAAGAGGUGUGGUUCGGUGCUGAGCUAUCAUCAUCGAGACUUACGAACUCUCUUGGCGAAUUUUGCGACACAACGACGCUGCCGCCUGGAUGGAAGUCUGUUGCAGCGCAAGCUGAUGGUAAAGCGGAUGUCGCGGACGGAAGUACAACGUUUGUUUCGGAAGAUGGGAUCGUUGUCGACUCCAUCGAGGACGCGUGGUCUUUGUAUCGCACUCCCAUGGUGACACCGGCCAGCGUAGUAAAGAACAACGAUGCAAAGCUAGACAACAGCUCUGAAGUUGUCACAACCAUCAUUGAGGUUAUUCACGGCAUGCCAAACUUGACUUGGUUUUCUGAACUUUUGGAAAGGCUGCUGGAGGCACGCAACAGCAACGCUAGCAGAGCAGCAGCACGAAGCAGCCAGAGUCGAUCAGCUGAAGUUGCGUUGGCUGAGGAUCGUUCCAAAAGGAUCAUUACCCGUCUUGUGGGCUGUCUUAUGGACAUACAGGAAGGCACACUUCUUAGCGGCGUUUCCAUAAAGGACGGACAUCAACAGUUUGUGUCGUGCAUGACAGCUCUUGCUGCAUUUUGCGCAGUAAAGCCUCAACUUCUGGUUCAUCACCUCGAGACCAUUCGUGUGUACCUGAAGGAAGAAGACGCUAAGGUUCAAAAACUGUCCGUCUCCAUGAUUGACAGCAUUUUGAGAGUGAAGCGAGUGCCGCAGUCUAUCGCGAAGAGACUGGAAGAUGACUUGAAGUUUUUGGUGCUGCGCUCUCCUCCAAGUGUUGUCGGUCAAAGUAUCAAGUGUCUAGCAACUCUGUCACGAACACGAUACACUGCGCGAGUGCUUUUGCUCCGAUUGCUGGAACGAUUUUAUCUUAGUAUACGCGAGUACGAACAAAGGUCUACUCUUUCCAAUCUGCUUGAGAAGGAUAAUGUGCUCCAGCGUGCAUUAUUCGCAGCGGGAAAAAUUGUUGGUGCGACGAACAUUGACGAGUGUGCGGAACUUGCAAAGGAGGCAAAAGUGCUGGAUAUUGGGUCAAUUACAGAGUCGCUUUACAAGUUGUACAGCCAGUUCGUUCGCAUGCCAGGCAACGACUCCUGUGCCGCUAAAGCUGUGCAAGGCAUGGGUUUCCUGUUCUCGAUUCGGCCCCGUUUGUUUCUUCGAGCGCAACAAGAUGAUCUCCUUGGCUUUCUGUUGAAGUCGAAUUCGCUAAAGAUAAAGCUGCAAUGUCUCGUAAACAUGAAAGAGCUGUUGCUUUUCGAAGAGCAGCGUUUGGAAAACGGACAGGCGGCACAAACGAUGAAUCAAUCGAAGAGUAAGGAGCAGCAGAUUCAAGGUGAUCAAGAAGCCGACGCCUCGUUGAUUGGCAACAUCAUGCAAGCGGAACUGGAAAACGUUUUGCGGCUAUCAAUCGAGCAGGUGCCGCAAAUCCGAAUACAGGCCAUCGCAUGUGUCGGUGCCUUACUUACGCAAGGCUUGGUGAACCCAUUACAGUGCGUCCCGAACUUGGUGGCACUGGAGACGGAUCGCGUUCCGGAUGUUCGAGAUGCAGCUUUCUCACAGCUAACAACGCUGUAUGAAAAGUAUCGGAGUCAAAUUCAUACACCACUGAUUAAGGGUAUCCGAGACUCGUAUUCGUUCCAGCUCAGCGUGUAUGGCAACUGCUCAGCGCUGGGAAGCGUCGAGAGCGAGAAAGAGUUUUGUCUGUUCGGACGGCUAUACAGGAAUUGCCUGAAGCCGACAAAAUCGCGCGAAUCGCUGUUCUUGAAGGCCCUUGUCAACCAGUUCAGUGAUCAGGGAACCGUGCUGAAGCCAUUGAAAAACGAUCUGGUUGCUGGGAGCAGGAAAGAGGCCUCCAUGAGCGCUUUGAAGUAUUUGUGCUAUCUAGCGCAAAUCAUUUCGACGCUACCGUACGAUGUGGAAGACGAACCGCUAUACGUUAUUUACUUGAUCAAUCGCUACGUGAGCCUUCGACUCGGUCAUGUGCUAGAAGAUCUCAAAGACGCCUUUGCGAAGGCAGGCGUGGCACCUGAACGUCUGGAGAACGAAGACUCGGAUCUUUCGAUGGUAAAGAUCGAUGAGUUCCGUCCGUUGCGCCGGCUAGGAGCCUCAACGUUGUCGGCGCUUGAAAGAAACGGCCGCAUUGCAUUCGCGAUUGCAUUGUUGCUUCGUCUGAAGUUUGCGCUGAAGAACAACUACCAGUUGGACGAUGAGAAAUGCGCUACGUACAAACCAUCUACGUCCGAGGCGCCAGUCGAAGCGAAGGAACGGUCGCCCAAGCACCUCUUGCUUCCUUCAGUCGAUGACUUAUGCCGGACGGACGAUCCCAUUGAGUCGAACUGGAACCUUUUCAUGGUGGCUUGGCGCGCUGCAUGCAAGGACCAGAAGCAAUUGGACCUGGGUAUGGAAGAAAGCCUAAAAAAGCCCAAGGCGCCAUCGAAGCGACGGCGUCGAUCCCACAAAGCCGUCGCUAGUAAGCCGCCGCAGAGAUCCGAAAGCGACAGCGACAGUGCGGAAGAGUACAUCGAAGGGUUUGCUUGA